AAUUUUCCAAAAAAGAAAAUGAACGGGUCAAGGCCGUAACCGGGUUGCCACCGAGGCCCUUGUUCUACAUCUUAUUAUGCGCUCCCUGCAAAGUUAAUCUUUUCGCUUAUUUCCUUUCUUCUUCCCCUGCAUGCAUACGGACCAAUGCCUUACGUGGAUUUGCACAGUGACGACGACUAUGCCUCGAUAUACUACCUCACGAACACGACCUUUGGCAAUGUUGGCAGCUUUGAUCCUGAAAAGCCGACAGUCAUUCUGCUACACCCCUUCUUCCUCGACUCGACCUGGCUCGACAACCAGUUUGGCGACCCCCGGCUGUACAAGAACUAUAAUAUGAUUGCAUUUGACAUGAGAGUCUGUGGGAGAUCGUCUUGUCGGCACAGUGGGCGCCACGAUAGCUGGGUGGAGGCAGCGGAUCUCGCAUUCUGUCACCAAAUUCUUCAUUUACCUCUCUGCCACGUUCUGGCACACGAUAAUAUAUCCGUCAACUGUGCUCUGCGUUUCGCCUUUCUUUUCCCGGAUAUGUGUGCCAGUCUUACACUCUGUAAUGUGCCGGCGCCCACUGAGUUAAAGUGGGUCUUGACGGCGUUCCAUGAGCUUCUACAGUCAUGGUGCUUUGCGACCGACCUCGAGAGCUUCGAGCAUGCUGGAAAGGAGGGCGCUAGGAUAAUCAUCGGCCCAGACAUAGACAGUGAUCUCCUUGAUGAAGUCAUGGCGUAUUGGCAGAUGCAUUUACCUCCCAACAAAAGAGUGCGUGUUUUGGAGCAGGCUAAUGUGGCUCUCAAUCGUAUACCCAUGAAGCCCGAAAUGUUGAGUGCAAUCACCCAACCGGUCUUAAUAAUACAUGGUGACCGAUGCGACGUAUCCCCAGUCAAAUACGCCGAGAGACUUCAUUCUGAGCUGUCAAACUCUCUGGGAGGGGCGAGACUAUAUCCUUUGAAAGGCGCUUCUGGCUCUUUAUGUACCGUACCAGGCAACGCUUCCAUAGCAAAUCAAGUCUUCGCAAAAUUCAUGACACAACAACCGCGCCUCAGGUCCGACAUCAUACCUCCUGCGACAAGCGUCGCGGAGCGAAUGGCUAUGGCACUCGAUAAACUCGCAGAGUUCACAAAUGAUUCUUCUUUUCGUGCACGAAAUCCAACUUCCUCACUUUCCUUCAGCUGUCUUACCCCCGAUGUCGUCCGUAGCCAGACAGAAUCACUGGCACUCUAUUCCGAAAAUCUGCACAACGCGUAUUCCCCGGUUGGGCCUAACGGUCGGCCGUACAGAAGAUACUCCGAAAGGAAGGAGCAGGAGCACUGGUUUAGCGGCGGUAAGGACGGAAACUCAUACGCAGGAAGACAAACACCAAACACCCCAGGGAGCUUUAUGUUGCAGAAACACGGCAAGUCGGAUUCAGAAUCACUUUUGCCCUCGUCGGAGCCGACAUCUGGUGAUCAAACCCAACAUGGACGUCUGCGACGCGCCACAAUUACUCCUGCGGCUUCGGUAGAGAAACAUGUUAUCAAAGGUUCGAUGGUAAAGGUUGUCGGAACCAAUUCGACAUCAAUAGGGCGGCUACUAAAAUAAGCGGAACGGAUCCACUGGGACACCUCUAUCCUUAUUAUUCAUGCGUCAUUCUCUAUGUCCAGCUAUAAUCUCCAUACCAUUUAUAAUAGCUA